UAUCAACGUUGUCGCCCGCUGCCUGUUGUCGCUUUAUUUCGUUUUGAAUGGUGAUAUGGUGUUGGUGGCGUUGUGCUUUAGGCGCUGCCUGCGAAUGUCACAUUGACGGCUAGCGACGACGGCUCUUAAUUAACCAAGGAUGGUUUGAUGAAGCUGCAUGUUAAUUGGCGUCAAUAAAUUUGCCCAAUACAAUUGAAUUGAAUCGAAUCGAAGUGAUCGAGCAAGCGAUCAAACGUUCAGUAGACACCACAACAAGUGGGAGUACACGCCUCUGGAGCUAACGGCAAAUACACAUAUAUAGAUAGAUAUAUAUAUAUACAUCGACAAGAAGCAAUCAUGGAUGAAGCGCAUGUGGAUUUUGAUAACGAGAAGAAAGUGCUGUGUGAGAAAAUAAUUCGCGAUAUCAAUGCAGUUUUUCUUAAAGACGCCGAUCUCUCUUCGUUUGAGAUCAUACCAAAGGAGACAAACUGCAACAAGUCGCCCGUAGUGCAUGUGGAGCAUAAUUUGGGACUGGAAUCUUGGUGCGCUCGACAUGUCUACGAUCAUGCGCAUCGCACGCUCAUCUUGCAUCGCCGACAAACGCAGCAGCAACAGCUGCGCACAUUGCAGCAACAACAGCAAAGCGAUGCCUUGGCCAAAUAUUUGAAUGUGGCGCUGCUGAUUAAUCCGGAUGUGACAACGUUUUGGCAUUUGCGCCGUCAGUUGGUGCAAAAGAAUCGCCUAAGCAUUAACAAGGAGCUGCAAUUCUCAGCUCUUGUGCUCUCUAUGAAACCAAAGUCAAACGAGGCGUUUGCCUAUCGCCGCUGGCUCUACUCGUUCCAAAGUGCGGAUGCCAUAGAUUGGCCACAUGAGAUAACCAUCUGUGAGCGUGCUGCGGAUCGCUGUGCCAGCAACUAUCACGCCUGGUCGCAUCGCCAGUGGGUGCUACAAAGUGCACCCUGCACGCUGCUGCAGUCGGAGAUCAUGCGUAGUGAGAAAUUUAUACGCAAACACAUCAGUGACUACAGCAGCUAUCAUUAUCGUCAGGUGUUGCUCGCACGUGCCUAUGAACUGGGUUUCUAUGGGCCGGACGACUCCAGCUCUAGCGCCAGCUCACAGCUCAGCAGUCUGCGUGAGUUGCUGGAGGAGUACGAGCUGCCUGUACUGAAAAGUGGCAGUGCGGAUGUGGCAGAGUCGAUGUUGCAAAUACUCUUGCCGAACUUGAAUCGCAGCAGCGUCAGUGUGCAGCGCCUGCGUUCCUUUCUAUUCUGCUGCAAUGUGGCUGCCAGCGAUAUGCGCCUGUGUGCGGAACAGUCGGAACUUUACGGCCAACGCGAUUGCUUUGAGCUGCAUCGUCGCGCCUCGCUCAAGUUUAUUGUCGAACAGAGCGUGCGCCUGUUGAGCGGCAUGGCCAGUGGAAUGAGCCUCUAUUUGCCACCAGCUAGCGGCAGUGACAGCGCCAGCCAAGCGAGCGAGUUCAACUACGAUACGCAUCCAUUUCUGAUGGCCGUGCGACGCACUGAGUGCCUGCUGGGUGACAAGCAGCAGCGCUGGUGCAAGCUGCAUCUGAACUUCAGCAGUUAAAAAUGCCAUUGCCAUUGCCACGCCCCCGCUCUACUCUUGUGCCGUAAUGCAACGUACUCAUGGAGGCUAUUCUAUUCUCAGAAGCAGAAUCGAAAUCAAUCAAUUAUGUAUAUGUACAAGCAGAAAUCAGAUUAUAAAUGUAUGUGUACCUAUAUUAUAUAUAUAUGUUUUGUAGUUCUUGUUAUGCAUGCCCCGAAUCCUCGUUAAGUAUAAGCAAAGCUCAAAGCAAAGAUAUAUUAUAUUUAUAUAGUA